AGCCCCUCUGUUCCCAGGGAUUUCUACAGGGAAUGCCGGGGAGCGUGGAAGCCGUCCCAACAUGCCAGCCCUCCGUGUAACCCCAAAAGUGCAGUUUGGCGUUUCAUCCCAAACGUGCAAUGUGAGUGAGGCUCCCCGGGCAACUUCUCCCUGCUCUGGAUUACAACCAACUGUUUAGGGAUGGGCAGAGCCGGGCUGGAGCUCCUUCACGUCACUGCCGCGUGUCGCCAGGGCGGGGACUUUGCCACCCAGGACAGCCACCAGAGCUCUCCCCAUCUCUGCCAGGGACCCGCGUGGGACAGCAGCUGUCUAAGUGCCCCGGACGCAGACAAUAACAGAUUGACCAAAUCCGAGACGAUGGCGACAGUCAAGGGCGUCUCAACCUUCAGUGCUGAGCAAGAAGCACAGGCACUAAGGAAGGCCAUGAAGGGAUUUGGCACGGAUGAAGAUGCCAUCAUUGAGACCUUGACCAAACUGAACGUUUCCCAACGUCAGCAAGUUCUGAUCACCUAUAAGAGCACUAUUGGCAGGGAUUUGAUUGAUGACUUGAAGUCUGAGCUCAGUGGGAAUUUUGAAAGGGUGAUUGUUGGUUUGAUGACUCCUACCACCAUGUAUGAUGUGCAUGAACUGCGGAGGGCUCUAAAGGGAGCAGGAACAGAUGAAGGCUGCCUGAUUGAAAUCCUGGCUUCUCGCACCAACGCAGAGAUCCGGCACAUCAAUGAGAACUACAAGCUCCAAUACGGCUCCACCCUUGAGGACGACAUUGUCUCUGACACAUCCUCCCUGUUCCGCAGAGUCCUCGUGUCCCUCGCGACGGGUAACAGAGAUGAGGGAACAUUUGUGGAUGAGGCCCUUGCUCAACAAGAUGCUCAGUGCCUGUAUGAAGCUGGGGAGAAGAAAUGGGGAACAGAUGAGGUGCAGUUCAUGUCCAUCCUCUGCACACGGAACAGGUGCCACCUGCUAAGAGUUUUUGAUGUGUACAGAGGGAUUGCUAAUAAGGACAUCACAGAGAGCAUUAAAUCCGAGAUGUCAGGAGACCUCGAGGAUGCUUUGUUAGCUGUGGUGAAGUGCUUGAGGAAUAAACCUGCAUAUUUUGCUGAAAGAUUGUACAAAUCCAUGAAGGGCCUGGGCACAGAUGACAGCACGCUGAUCCGGGUGAUGGUGUCCCGCUCGGAAAUAGACAUGCUGUACAUCAGGAGGGAGUUCCUGGCCAUGUACGGGAAAUCGCUCCACUCCUUCAUUAAGGGAGACUGCUCAGGGGACUACAGGAAGGUUCUGCUCAGGCUGUGUGGUGGGGAGGAUUAAAGGAGACCUGGGGGACCUGCUGAUAAAAUUAUUGUUUAGGUUGGAAAAGAUCUUUAGGAUCAUCGAGCCCAAUCAUGAUAAAGAUUUCUUUAUUUUUUCCCAAAUGCCUUAUUAAUUACUCUGAUUAUUGACUUAGGUUAGUUCAUGCACUGGUUAGAUAGUGGCCAUUCUGGUUGACCCUUUUGAUACACUUUGAUGCUUGGAAGACCCAUUUGCCUACUAACUGGGCUGGUGAAGCCCAUCUUACACAGAAUGCUAUAACCAAAGGUAUAAAAGUUGUUUUCUGACCAGCUGCCCCUUUGCUGUUGUGUUCACCAGCAAAAUGCAUCGACUAAAGCAAACCUGGAUGCAAAGUGUGAGAGGCUGCAUAGGGAAAAGCCAACCUCAUUGGUACAUGGAGACUGUAGAACACGGGUUUGCCUCAGUUUCUGGGUAGAAUUAAAACACAAAGAACCCAAAUACCUAAAAUGCGAGCACGUUUACAUAUUAACUUGCCUCUGUUGGUGUGGAGCAUUAACAGCCUGGCUGUACUGUAUGUAUAUGUUGCCUGUACAUCUGCAAGUGGGGAAGUUGUCAUUGGUGACAUCAGAAAAACCUUUUUCUACCCUGGUUAGAGUAGCCCUGUGCUUUUGGUCUGUCUGCUUGGUCAUGGGGGUAUAAAUAAUUAGGGUUAUAAUACAAACCCUGCUCUGGAUAAAGUGAUGUCAUUGGAAUGGUGCCUUUUAAGGAAUGAGCUGUCCCCAAAACCCCACCUCAUCAGCCUGGUGCUGGGGUAGCUCCCCAGAGUUUCCCGGGACACCUCCCCAGAUCUCCCUGUGGCAGGUCCCCAAGUCUCCCUGAGGUAACUCCCCAGACCUCCCUGGGACACCUGCCCAGGUGUCCCCACGCUGGCUGACAGCUGCCCCAUGUCACAGGGCCGAUGAGGGAUCCUGUGUUUGUGCCUAGGCCUCUCCUGAACGUCCACACCAACCUCUGGGAGAGACUUUCCCCCUACACACCUGCCUGAUCACUGUUUUCACUACAAAAAUGGGAUUCUCUUUUGGCUUGGCAAUUUAUUUUUUACUGCUGGUGUGUAAUCCUGUUGUGAAGGAUCAGACUGAGGCUGCAUCGUCAAAGCUGAAACACUGAGGUGGCUACACCCCAAUUCCGUCAUCAUUUUCCUCUAGAACAGGCUGCUGCUGGCUGGAAUAGGAGAUGCCUCUGUGACCUCCAAUAAAAAAUUUCCUUUCUCGUUCUCUGGGCUGCCAUUGUAGACACAUUCCUGACUUUUGCCGGGAGAGGAGGCAGAGCUUCAGCCAGUUUUUCUGAGGGCUCUGUCCAGGACAAGGAAAUGCCCAGCACAGCACAGCAGCUGGGGACGUGCGUGGGCUGGGGGUGGGUUUCAGUGCCGUGGGUCGUGUUGGGUUUCAAUGCCUUGGGUCAGGUUGCUGAGUAUGGAAAAAUGAAUAAAGAAUUUGUUUCUGUA